AUGGAGAAGCUGAUUUCAAUAAUAAAAGUUAUCAGCUUAUCAUUUGGUACUGUUGGUGAGGUUGAAUCUGAUGCUGAGGGUGAUGUUAUUGUUAAGAGUAGUGAGUCAUGUGCAGAUCCAGAUGAGGUUGAUAGGGUAUGCAAGGUGAUUGAUGAAUUGUUUGCGUUGGAUAGGAACAUGGAAGCAGUUCUUGAUGAGUGUGGUGUUAUGUUAUCUCAUGAUUUGGUUGUUGAUGUGUUGCAUAGGUUCAAACAUGCUAGGAAGCCUGGUUUUAGGUUCUUUUGUUGGGCAGGGAAAAGGCCUGGUUUUGAACAUGAUUCAAGGACUUAUAACUCCAAGAUGGAUAUUUUAGGGAAGACUACACAAUUUGAGACCAUGGUAGCAUUGCUUGAGGAAAUGGGUGAGAAGGGUUUUUGGACAAUGGAAACUUUCGCAAUUGCUAUUAAGGCAUUUGCUUCUGCUAAGGAAAGGAAAAAAGCUGUUGGAAUCUUUGAUAUGAUGAAGUUUAAGAUUAAAGUCGGUGUUGAUGCGGUUAAUUUCUUGCUUGAUAGUCGUGGUGUGUCGAAUGGGAUGAUUGAUAAAGGAUUCGUGCCUGAUAUUGUUGCACAUAAUAUUAUGCUUCAAGGGUUGUUAAGGUGUCAGAAGAAGUCAGAUAGCAUUAAGUUAUUUGAAGGGUUGUUCCUAUUUUGCGACGAGAAAUUACGAAUUUAGCCGAGCUGUUUGGGAUGAAAUGCGUCACAAGGGGUGUUGUCCUGAUGAUAACUC